AUGGAAGAAAUUCAACUUAAAACAAUUAUUUAUGGCAGUGAAGAGAUUUUAGAAUCAAUCGAAUUAAAUCUUCCUAUCCCUAUGAUACUAACUCAUGAUAGAUCAUCACUUGCUCGUAAAAUUAGUAAUCAAUCUAAACAUAUAAAUUCUAAGUUACAACGGUAUUUUAUAAUUUUAUUUGAAUCAAUUGAAAAUGAGCCAGAUAAUUUAUAUGAAAAAAUGGAAGAAAAUUCUCAAGUUAUUGCCGUAUUUCAUACUUGGAACGAAGACUCUGUACGUACAUUUAAACAAACGAAAGUAUAUUAUAUCCGACAAGAUUUACUUACUUUUGCUUUGACAUGUUCGAUUAUUGAAUAUUUGAAAGCUCAAGCAAAUCAACAUAUUCAAUUAAAUCAAAUACCACUAUCAAAAAUUUAUAUGAGGCAAGCUGGCAAAAUUAAAGAAUGGCUGAUGUCAACUAUAAGAGCUCAACCGUGUCAUAUAUUGGUUAUACCUUUAAAUACAAACAGUACUAAUCUAAUUGAUAGUAUACAAUGUUUACAACAGUUCUGUAAGAGAUUUGGUUACCCAUCAGCUAUAAUUCGUUCACUUGAUGAUUAUAUUCCAAAAAGUGAAAUAUACGAUAAAUUACCUUAUGGAAAACUUCUAUUUGAAAAUGAAAAUCCAAUAGACAUAUGUAAUUGCCUUCGAUUAUUAUCACCAAUACGUAUGUAUUUAUAUGGAAAUGAAGAGGUGAUACCAAGCGAAUGGAGUAGAUUAAUGGCUUCGACAGAAGUCGAUCAUGUUGAUAAAGGUAUAGUUAACGAUGACGAUUGGUGUACAUUUCUCGAAAAUGAAACCGUUAAUGAGAAUAUUAAAUGGAAUUUUUCUGUUAAACAUGGUCGAUCAUGGAAAUUAACUCAUUUAACACCAAUUCAACUCCAUACAUUGGAAGAUAAUAUUCGUUUUCGAUCUGCUCUUCGACGUUCGAAUAUGACAUUUUAUUCACGAAUGUCGAAUGUUACUGCAAGGUUAUACGACUGGUUUGAUACGUGUUUAGAACGUGAACAUCUUCAACAUGAACAUAAACUGAUUAGACGAGGCAACUCUAAUACAUUAGGAAGUGACAAACCUGAAGAACAAAUGAAUCUUAUUGGAAAUUUGAAUAAUACGCGUUUCGAUGAUAAUAAAAACAAUAAUUCAUAUUCUUUACCUUAUUCAUCUCAUCAAUCUAAUGAAAUUGUUAACUAUUAUUCAAAUAAAUCCGAUCGAACAUUUAUAUGGCUUGAUAAUACUUUUUAUUCCAUUGAAAAUCGUUUUCAAGAAUUAAUCUAUCCUGAUCAAUGGAAAUAUUUUUCAAAUAUUUAUGAUUGUGAAGCAUUUAUUUUGAAACAAAAAUUACAGUAUAAUACAAAAAUAUAUUUAUUUACAACAUGUAAUCUAGCUGAACAAUUAUUUGCAUAUGAACAUGUAUCAAAAAUUUAUGCUGCUUAUUUAUCGUUCAAUCAAAAUGAAAUCUAUCCGGCAUGGAUAAAUAAUUUUCCAAUCAUACGAGGAACUUAUCAAAAUUUUGAUUCACUUUAUGAACAAUUCAGUUAUGAUAUAACAACAAAUAUCGAAUUAGUACCAUUUCAUAAUCAAGAACAAAAAAAUGAAGAUCUAUUACCAAUAAGUUUCUUAGAUACAGCUGGAAAAGGAUUUGAACGUUAUCGAAUUUUAACUGAUAUUUUACUUAAAUUACCACGUACAUUGGAAGCUAAACAGGAGAUGAUUGAUGAACUUGAACGUACAUCAAAUGGAAAUUUUUCUCAACAAAUUCAAGAUUUCGAACGAAAUUAUCAUUCAAAUGAUGCUAUUCAAUGGUAUACACGUGAAAGUUUUGUUUAUCGUACUAUCAAUCAAAUAUUACGUUAUGAUGAUAUUAGUUUAGCAAUAAAAUAUCGAUUUUUUAUUACUGAUUUAUAUGAAAAAUUAUCUGAACUUCAUAAUCAAAUAAUUCAAUCGAAUGAUUUUUCAGAACAACCUAUAAUAACAUGCUAUCGAGGACAAUUAAUGCAAUUAUCUGAAAUUAAUCAAUUUAAACAAAAUGUUGGAAAACAUAUCGCAAUCAAUACGUUCUUUUCUACUUCACAAUCACUUGAUAUUGCACUUAUGUUUGCUGGAGGAUCGAAAUUCGAAAGUACAACAUCAUUAAAAUCAGUCAUAUUUAGUAUUGAAGUUGAUCCAUCGAUUCAAAAUACACGACCAUACGCUCAUAUUAAUUCUUAUUCAAGUUAUACGGAUGAAGAUGAAGUUUUAUUUGCAUUAUGUUCAGUAUUUCGUAUAGAAAAAUUCAGUAUGCUAUCUGUAAAUGAUAAUAUACCAGUAAUACACUUAAAAAUGAUUGAUGAAAGUGAAUUACCACCAAUUUCAAUUGAUAUACCCAGUUUAAUACCCGAAAAGAUAGUUUUAGAUCCGGUCUAUGCUUUUGUCGGCAUAAAAUCUCUAACUGAAGAAACAAAUGAACAAUUUGAACUUAUUAAAUCUGUACUCGAAAAUGUUUAUGUUCAUUUUUUUGAUAAUAUAGACGAUUUUGAUAAUUAUACAAAAUCAAUAGAAGCAAUUCAAUCGUUUAUUGUUUUUAUUCAUAGUCAAUCACAUAUGCCUGAAAAUUCACAACAAAUACAAGUUAUAUCAUAUGGAGAAAAUGACACACAUUUCAAUGAUCUCGUUUAUCAAUUAUUAUAUUUAAUGGAAUCGAAAAACAAAUUGAAAGAACAAAUGGACGAUUUACGGAAGAAACUCGUGGAUAUUUAUUGUCCAUCAGAUCAAAGUAGUUUUUAUGUACAACUUUUACUUUCUUCAACAUCGAAAAAAGAAUCGGAAAAUGAAUUGAAAACAAAAUUUCCUUCAUCAACAAUUCUACCUUUCUAUCAAAUUGAAUCAUGUAUGUAUUUUCUUCAAUCUAUUAUUGUUGAACCAUCAAAACUUGGCAAUGCCAUACUCAUACUUCAAUCUGAUGAUACAAAUAUUGAUAAUUUAAUCGAUCAAUUUAAAAAUAUUGAUUCUAUAGAGCAUAUUUAUAUAUGUUCAAAAGAUGCGUUGAAUAUAAAAAAUCGUAGAAUAAUUCAUGGUAAAUUUUGUAAUGAACAUGAUUUAUAUAUUCAACUUUAUUCUGACAAUUUAAUGAAUUCAUCCAUACAAACUAAUUUACAAAUUGAUAUAUUUAAAAAGAAGAAUGAAGCAAUUCGAUAUUUUCAACAAACUGAACAAUUUUAUAAACUUUUGAAAGAACAUCAGACUCUAGAGAAAACUAAUUUGGGAUAA